AUGAUUUUCAAACUCCUUCUGUUCUUCGCGCUACUUCUUUUCCCAUUUUGUUGGUCUCAACCUAAAGAUCAAGUCAUUCCAGUGUCAGGCCCAAAAAUUCAGGUAAACUGAUUUUUUAGCGGAAGUUUAUUCUGGCCGAAAAUUGCAGCAAGGAGUUAGCACAGUAAAAAAUCUCAGGAUUUCUUGCUCCGAGUAGUAUGUUAACCUGUCGGGAAAAUAAUGUGGAUUUGCCGCAGUAAAAUGUCUCGCCUCGUCUUUCACUUAUUUUCCCGACAGACUGAUAGACAGGAUUUUUUAUAGACAGGUUUGUUAAAUUAGUCUGUCGGGAAAAUAAUGAGCACCUUGUCGCAUCGAAAAUCGUAUCCGAGGAAAUGAAUUGUGUCGCGACAAAAUAAAAUCGCUUUUCACUUCAGCGACGUGAUCGGCGCAUCGAUAUUGUGCUCAUUAUUUUUCCGACAAACUGAUACGGUGGUGUGAUUUUUGGCCAAAAAUUUCCUUCUGGUAGUUUCAUAUUAGUCGUAAUCCGGCUCCAAAAUUUAGGAGCUAGCUGCAGCCGGCGUUCGAUUGUAUUCCCGGCAACGAAAGGCCAACUACCAUUUCGACGGUGUUGAAAGCGCAACAAUACAAUUCGACCGAGGACAUCAUUAUGUGAUCUUUAUCCUUGUCCAGGACGACUACGGCCAGCUGGACAAGAUCCGAGAUGAGGUGUGGUCCAGCCCGAGGAAUGGGAAUAUGCAUCGGGUUGUGCGGGUGGAGUAA